AUGAACACGAACUACCCGCCAAUUAUCUCGAUCGAUCAUGAAUCAAAUCCUCGCGUUUAUGAAACACCCUAUAACACUUUCGUGCCCUAUUCUGACUACGCAACAUCGUCGAAAUUAGAAGCAUUUGAUUACAACUAUUGGCCAACAAACACCACUACCACCACCACAACACACAAUAUUUUAGCUGAACCAUUAAGUUUAACAACCGAUCAUAUCCCAACACCUACAUCGUCAACAACGAAUCAAACUUUGGAAAGGAUUGGUUCUAAUUCACCUGUACAUUUAUCUCAAAUUAAUUCAACAACAACAAUUUCAGCUACCCAUCAUCAUCAUCAUAUUCAUCAACAUCUUUAUCCUUUGAACGAAAAUUCCAAUUGGUUAACCCCGACUGAAUAUCAAUCACCAAGUGGUUAUCGUCAUUACUCCUAUCCCAAUAAUAAUUUAUACGAUCAACCUCAAUGGUCGACACCAGCACCGGCGCUUCCAAUUAAAUUUGAGUCUUCCUAUAGUCCACCAUCAUACUACGAAUCAGCGCAUCAUCUGGAACAUCCGCUAUCGAUUAAUAAAGAAGAACCAUCCGAUUCUUCGUAUACAAAAUGUCCUGAACAAUCAUCAAAUUGGUUUAAAUCACAAUUAACUCCAGUUCCACCGAAGAAUCCUGCCAAUGGAAAAACGCGUACGCGUGAUAAAUACCGAAUUGUUUAUACUGAUCGGCAACGAUAUGAACUCGAAAAUGAAUUUACUGUAUCAAAGUAUAUUUCCAUACCACGAAAAGCUGCUCUAUCUUCAACACUGGGAUUGAGCGAACGACAAAUCAAGAUCUGGUUUCAAAAUCGUCGUGCUAAAGAACGUAAGAUCAAUAAAAAACGGCAUGAAAUCUGUUCGCGACAACUGAAUAAUUCCAACGAUGCCGAUUCAUCAAGUGAUGAUGAUCUUGAAAGUUCAUCGUAUUACACCAACUACGUGUGA